CAAUGCGUCUCCCCUUCAGUAGCCUACAGAGCUGUCCGUGGUGUAGUGCGCCGCGUCAACUUUAGCAACUCCUCAAUUGCAAGGAAUAACAUAUAUUAACGAGAACAACAAAGUGGGAUUGUACACUAUUGACCGAGACAAGAGUAGAGAAUAGGAGACAAAUAUUGCAAGCUUAGGUGAUUGCCAAGUUCAUUUGGAUCCAUAGCUUUGUUGCUGGGAAAUCGUGCAGGAUCUCCGCGGCUUCAUUCGUACACUGGGGACGGAGAAGGAGAAUUUAGUAGGAUUUUGUUAUCUGCCUUCUAAAUGACUCUUAUGACUGGAAUCGGCAUAAUUUCCACCGGGCAAUAAUAACCAGGUACCUGGACUCUAUCUCCUCUUCUGUGCCUGGAAGCGGAGGGACCAUGCUGUGGGACAAAAUGUGGUGGCUGUCCACCAUGCUGGCCCUUUCGGCCCAUGCACUGCCCACACUGCCCAUUGAGCCCCUCUCUGCCCCUCGGGUUUUCCUCUCCUUCAAAGAGCUGCGAUCUACUGGCACUGCCCACCACUUCUCCUUCCUGCUCAACUCAACAGACUACCGUAUCCUGCGUAUGGACGAGGACCACGACCGCAUGUACGUAGGCAGCAAGGACUACAUCCUGUCCCUGGACCUGCAUGACAUCAACAAGGAGCCGCUCAUUAUUCACUGGCCUGUGGCUCCUCAGAGGAAGACAGAGUGUGUUUUGUCGGGGAAGGAUACCAACGGGGAAUGUGGGAACUUCAUCCGUCUGAUCGAGCCGUGGAACCGGACCCACCUAUACGUGUGUGGAACAGGGGCCUACAACCCCGUCUGCACCUAUGUGGACCGCGGACGCAGGUCCCAGGCCCACUACCUGCAGGCGGCCCAGUCCGGAGGGAGGACCAACCGGGCGGCAGAUUUCACCACUACGGCAGGGCCUGUGGAGCCAAAGGAAUAUAUCUUCCGUUUGGAGCCAGGCAAAGUGGAUUCGGGGAAAGGCAAAUGUCCUUACGACCCUAAACUCAACAGCGUCUCAGCUUUGAUCAAUGGGGAGCUCUACGCGGGGGUCUACAUUGACUUCAUGGGGACAGACGCAUCCAUCUUCCGUACUCUGGGGAAACAGACAGCCAUGAGGACGGACCAAUACAACUCCAAAUGGUUAAAUGAUCCCACAUUCAUCAAGGCACACCUCAUUCCAGACAGUGCUGAGAAGAACGAUGACAAGCUCUACUUCUUCUUCCGGGAGAAGGCUUCAGAGAUGGGCCAGAGCCCCAUGGCCCAGUCCAGGAUAGGCAGGAUCUGUCUGAAUGAUGAUGGUGGACACUGCUGUCUGGUCAACAAGUGGAGCACUUUCCUGAAGGCCAGACUCAUUUGCUCGGUACCUGGAGUGGACGGCAUAGAGACCCACUUUGAUGAGCUCCGGGACGUGUUCAUCCAGCCAACUCAGGACACCAAGAAUCCUGUCAUCUACGGCGUGUUCUCAGUUUCAGGGUCAGUGUUUAAGGGCUCAGCAGUGUGUGUCUACUCCAUGGCUGACAUCCGUCAGGUCUUCAAUGGACCCUAUGCUCACAAGGAGGGGCCCAACUACCAGUGGGUGGCCUACACUGGGAAGAUCCCCUACCCUCGGCCUGGGACGUGUCCCGGAGGUACGUUCACCCCCAACAUGAAGUCCACUAAGGAUUACCCAGACGAGGUGAUUAACUUCAUGCGGAACCACCCCACCAUGUACCACGCUGUAUACCCAAUACACAAGCGCCCCCUGGUGGUCCGGAACAACGUGGACUAUGAGUUCACCACCAUCACUGUGGACCAGGUGGCCGCUGCCGAUGGGAGCUACGAGGUCCUAUUCCUGGGGACAGACAGGGGGACGGUUCAGAAGGUGAUUGUCCUGCCCAGAGAUGACCUGCAGACUGAGGAGCUGGUGUUGGAGGAGGUGGAAGUGUUCAGGGUGCCAACUCCCAUAACCACCAUGAAGAUUUCAUCCAAAAGGCAACAGCUGUACGUGGGUUCAGUGUUGGGCGUGACCCACCUGGCCCUCCAUCGCUGUGACGUGUACGGGGAGGCGUGUGCUGACUGCUGCCUGGCCCGGGACCCUUACUGCGCCUGGGACGGCAAAUCCUGUACCCGCUACUCCGCCUCGCAGAAGAGAUCUGACCCCUCUAGGCGCAGCCGUCGACAGGAUGUCAAGUAUGGCAACCCAAUCCGCCAGUGCAGAGGCUAUAACUCUAACGCCAAUAAGAACACGCUGGAGAUGGUGCAGUAUGGGGUGGAGGGCAGCACUACGUUCCUGGAGUGUCAGGCCAGGUCCCCUCAUGUGUCUCUCAAAUGGCACCUGCAGAGGGAGAACAGCGACAGGAGGAAAGAGAUCCGCUCUGAGGGCCGGACUGUGAAAACAGAGCAAGGUCUGCUUCUGCGUUCCCUCCAGUCGUCCGACAGCGGCGUCUACCAGUGCACGUCCACAGAGAAGAACUUCAAACACACGCUGGUCAAGCUGCAGCUGGUGGUCCUGUCCAGCCGCACGGUCAACAGUGUCCUGGUGGAGACGGGCAACCCGGCCCUGCCACCCCUCCAGUCCAGCGCCUGGACCCCCAGCGCGGGUCAGUACAAGGACCUGCUGACCAUUCUGAGCCAGCCAGAGAUGGGUCUGAUCAACCAGUACUGCCAGGACUACUGGCAGCUGGGAGAGGGCAGUCCAGGGGACCCCAUACUGGCCAUCAGCAAGGCCCGGGGACUCAAGGAGCUGAAAGAGCAGAAGAAGCCCCGCAACCGCCGGCAUCACAACGAUGAGAAUAAGCACGAGGACGACAAAGAUGAGCACACCAACCUAGCCGAGACAUGAGGCCCCUGGACUUACACCACAGGCCGCACACUAACCCCCUACACCCCGACACCCAACCGCUCUCUCCCUCUCUGCACACCCCUCCAAAAAUGGGAAAGACUUCAAUUUAAAGGAUUCAAAAACGGAAUAAUCAAAAGCAACCAGAAAGAGAAACCACUACAAAUAGCAAAAAUAGUAAGCAACAAACAGAUUCUUCUUAACUGUUAAAAAAAAGAUGCACAGUAUUUAUUGUAGGUUGUACAUAGUAAGAUUCUGUGGAUUUCUUUGUACUUAAAUAGAAAACAAGGCUUUUUUUUGUGAAUAGGUAGCUCUGUGCAAAUAUUAUUGUUAUUAUGAUGCUAUUAUUGUUGUUAGUGUCAUUGUUUAUUACAAAUUGUGUUAUUAUAUGGCAAAGAUCUUUAUGUUCUGUCUUUUGGAGGAAGCGCAGUAAAACGUUGAAAAGACAUUUGAAAGUGUAAAUAUCUCCAGCUGUUUGGACUCAGAAGAAUGCCUUCAGAAAGGUUUUGGUAUGUUAGCUCCAUGUUGGGUCCAUUUGACUGCUGGCAGUAUGUAGUCUUUGAGGUGGGAAGAGUCAGAUCACUGAUGGAGUGAUGACCCAGAACCUCCCCCAAAGCCACGAUGGACAUUUAAUUCCCACAGCCAAUGGACUAUAAGGAUGACACUUCAUAGCAUUUCAUUGGACGCGCAGAGAGAUGAGGAAAUGCCCAUAGGAGACUGCAGCUUUGAGUUGGUCCCACGGCCACAGAGAGACACUAGAGUGAAAGGUCUGGUGGGAAAUAACGCCCUCUUCCUUUGCCCGCUGAACUGACCCUGGGGUGAAACAACUGACCCUGGGGUGACCCCAAAUCCCCUCAACCCCAAAUCCACUGUGUUCCACUCUUCUUGGGCCAUGUGGUCCAAUAUGGCUUUCUGUCUAUCCCAUAUGUUACAUUUGCAUUCAUAUUCCCCGUUUCCUCCAGAACUAGUUGAUGUGUUCUGUUUGUGUAGAGUAUCUGUAAAUAUAACACUCAAUGUUGUACCAUUGAGGCCAUGAUGGUUAGAAUAAGCUGUUUUUUUUUUGGGGGGGGGGGGGGGAUUGUUUGUUGUUAUGGGAUUUAAAUAGCAUUGCCUUCUCUUUGUACACCAUUGUUCAAUUGAGAUUAAAACGUCAAGCAGGCAGCUAAAUCAUUUGUGCCAAUUUGAUUAUGCGCAAUUAUGACAAGGGAUAGAGAACUUUUUCACUUCUUGUUGAAUUUGGUCCCAUUCUCUUAGUUUCCAAACUAAGCCGUAAAUACACUGGUUUGCAUUCCAGCCAUUUCCCGUUCUCCUUAUGGGUUCAGUUGUUUCAUAGGAAAUGUACUUAACAUUUCUAAACCCCUCCAAUCGUCCCAUGUAGUUUAAUCUCACAGCUCUCUUAGUAAUGUACCGUUAGUCCACAUUGUCUUAAAUCAACUAGCGCGACGAUUCCGCCCGUACUGAUUUGUCAGUUGAGGGACUAGCAUCGCGUAGGAGUGACGCCACCUGACGUACGACAACGGUUAGCCCAUGUAAGUCACUAAAGCGAAAGUGCAUGAAGACUGUUUUCAGUGUUCUCGUUUGACUGGUUGGAGAGGGACACCGUAGCUUUCUCGGAGCUGUUAUGUUACAUAACUCUCACUAUAGAAUUUAAGCAACUUCUCUGAUCAGCCGGUGUUGAUGGCAUUCUGCCUGGAAAGGUGUCACAUGCCACAAAUGUGUAUCGCGGAACGUCUCCAUGUAUAUAGCUACAGUCACUAGAAUGAUCAGCUCUUGAAAGCACACGCCAAACUCUUUGGGACGGUGGCUUUUCAUUGUGUGCAUGAAAUGUAUAAUGUCCUGUUUAUGAUACUAGUUCAACAAGCUACAGUAUGUUGCUGCGGAUGUCUCUCUUGUUGCGGGAACAUGGGAAUCAUGUCAGUGCAAGGAAAGGCAGAUGGACUCAUACCCUAGUGAUGGAAUAUUCAAAACACAGGAGAUGUACACUGAGUGUACAAAACAUUAGGAACACCUUCCUAAUAUUGAGUUACACCUCACCCCCUUUUGCCCUCAGAACAGGCUCAAUUCGUCUGGGGACUGGACUCUACAACGUGUCGAAAGCGUUCCACAGGGAUGCAGGCCCACGUUGACUCCAAUGCGUGCCCCAGUUGUGUCAUGUUGGUUGGAUGUCCUUUGGGCGGUGGACCAUUUGUGAUACGCAGAGGAAACUGUUGAGUGUGAAAAACCCAUCAGCAUUGCAGUUCUUGACACAAACCGGUGCGCCUGGUACCUAUUACCAUACCCUGUUCAAAGGCACUUUUGUCUUGCCCAUUCAGCCUCUGAAUGACACACAUACACAAUCCACGUCUCAAUUGUAUCAAGGCUUUAAAAUCCUUCUUUAACCUUCUCCUCCCCUUCAUCUGCAAUGAUUGAAGUGGAUUUAACAAGUGAUAUCAAUAAGGGAUCAUAGCUUUCACCUGGAUUUACCUGGUCAGUCUAUGUCAUGUAAAGAGCAGGUGUUCUUAAUGUUUUAUCAACUCAGUGUACGCCCCUAUGUCUCUUUCGCUCUCUUUCUCUCUCCCUCUCUCCUUCUCUCUCUUUCUUGCUCUCUUUCCCCUCUCUCUCUCUCUCCAAAAAGGUACAAUUGAUUAGCAUAUUUUAAAUAUAUGCAUAUUUGGUUAUUUUUUGGUAUGGGUUAAUGAGGGAAAAUCAGUUAAGAUAACAUAAAGCACAGUUGAUGUUAUUGUAAUGACUUGUGUAAAUUACUCUAUCCUUUCUCCUUUCUCAUUGAUGUUGCUGACUAAAAAAAUUAAAGCUCUAUAUUUUAUAAAAA